UGUUUCUUCCGAAGACUUGAAAACAUCUUUUGUGCAACUACAUUGCUGUGACAACUUACCCUAUUUUUUUUUAGUGUGUCAACCCCACAUACAAGUCAAGUUGUAUCUCUUUUCCUGGGCAUCAACAAUGGAAAUGAUUUUUUGUAUCCAGGACUUCAAACAUCACCUACAUAUUCACUGGAAUAAAACAUAAUUUCAUUAGAUUAAGAAAACGGCAUACUAUAUGCACUAUAUAUGCACACGAAUACCCUUAUUAUAGUUUUGGCGAAAAGACAUUUUCUAAUUUGCUUACACCACGAAACUCUUCGGCUUUAGGACCCAGCAGCGGUCAGCGAGGCACAGAGACCUUACGGUGAAUCACUACAGAUGACGGGAGGAGCCCUAUGUAUCCGUAUCAACCAGGAUUCAAAGCAGCUCAGCGUUUUAACAAUACUUCAGCUAUUAUUGUGUUUAAAUUAACACAAUAUCACUCGUUUAGAAUGACACUAAGAAGUAUUUCUGUACCCUGAUGAGCUGCACGGAGGUGUGGUGGUCAGAGAUGGAGCACAUCAGAAUGCCAAAGGUUGAAAAUGUCCGGUUAGUGGACAGAAGUUCUUCUCGAAGAAUUAAAGUAGGCACGCUCUACCUGACAGCCACACACACUAUCUUUGUCGGUAAAGGAUCUGAGGACAGAUGUGAGCUGUGGGUUCUGCACAGUUUGGUGUGUAACGUUGUAAAGCAUAAAGCAUCUCAGAGCGGAUACCCUUUAUUAAUCCACUGCAAGAACUUUCAGGUCAUGCAGUUUAUCAUUUCGCAAGAGAGCGACUGCCACAAUGUUUACAUUUCACUCUCACGUCUCUCCAGGCCAGAAAAAUAUGAAGAGUUGUAUUGUUUUUCCUUCAAUCCCAAUGUCGACAAAGCUGAACGGGAGCACUCAUGGGACUUUUUAGAUCUGAAGGCUGAGUACAGUCGAAUGGGACUUCCAAAUAAGCUAUGGCAUGUCACCCCAAUCAACCGAGAGUACAGAGUGUGUGAUACUUACCCAGCUGACUUGUUUGUGCCUCAAUCUGUCACCCUCCCUGUCAUCAUAGGGAGCUCAAAGUUUCGUAGCAGAGGUCGAUUUCCCACGUUGUCAUACUACUGCAAGGAAAACCAUGCCACAAUAUGUCGCAGCAGUCAGCCUCUCUCUGGCUUCAGUGCUCGCUGCCUGGAGGACGAGCAAAUGCUGCAGGCCAUCAUGAAGUCUAAUCCUGGCAGCAGAUUCAUGUAUGUUGUAGACACCAGACCCAAGCUAAAUGCAAUGGCAAACCGAGCUGCGGGCAAAGGCUACGAAAAUGAGGACAACUACUGCAACAUUAAGUUCCAGUUCAUCGGCAUUGAAAACAUCCAUGUGAUGAGGAACAGUCAGCAGAAACUCAUAGAGGUUUCGGCACUGCGUUCUCCCUCCAUGGGAGAAUUUCUCAUGGGGCUUGAAAAUUCAGACUGGUUGAGACACAUCAAAUCGAUCAUGGAGGCUGGAAUCUUCAUAUCUAAGGCCGUGGCAGAGGAAGGGGUCAACGUCUUGGUUCAUUGUUCUGAUGGCUGGGAUAGGACGGCUCAGGUGUGCUCUGUGGCCAGUGUGCUUCUGGACCCUUACUACAGGACCCUCAAGGGACUGAUGGUGCUGAUUGAGAAAGACUGGGUUUCUUUUGGACACAAGUUUUCACACAGAUGUGGUCAUCUUGAUGGAGAAGCAAAGGAAGUGUCACCUGUCAUAGACCAGUUCCUGGACUGUUUAUGGCAGCUUAUGGAACAGUUUCCCUGUUAUUUUGAGUACAAUGAGAAGUUUCUAAUCAACAUCCACAACCACAUCUACUCCUGUCACUAUGGCAACUUCAUUUGUAACAGCCAGAAGGAGAGGAAAGAUCUGUGCAUCAAAGAGAAAACUCAUUCCAUAUGGCCUCAUUUAUGGGAGAACAAGCUGGAUUUCAUGAACCCUCUGUUCAAACCUGAUCAGAGCCAGAAUCAGGGACUUCUAAGGCCCAGAACUGCCCCCUACUGUUUUAAAUACUGGAGAAGGUUGUAUAAUCGUUUUGAUCGUGAGUUGCACCCACGUCAGUCUGAGCUAGAUUGUCUGAUGACUGUAAAAGAGGAAACGCAACAACUUGAGGAAGAUCUGGCUCUCUGUGAGCAGAAACUGGCUGUUCUGGAUAAGGAGCGUGCAAAAACCCUUUACAUGCAAAAGGGUGUGUUGGAGAGCAAGCAGGCCCUGUGGUCGUUACCUUUAGAUACAAGCCUGGCCAAUACUCCUCAGGAUUACAUCGGUGGCUUUAUAGGUGGUGCUCCCAAUGUUUUCACCCUACAACAAGGAGAGAGAGAAAGCGCAGAGCUUUGCCUGUUUGGAGACAAACCAAAAAGCUCUGAUGCUGACAAUAGUGACCAGGAGUCAGGAGUGGCAGAUUUCAGCUCCCAUUCUUCUGGUGAAGAGUCCUUGCCAAGUGAGGACAGCGUGAAGGAUCCUGAUUCGGAUGAGACUGGCCCCAACAGAGCGUGAACAAAUGCAACAUUUUGCAAGAAGAAAAAGCUAUUACUGUACCUGAUCAACUGUAUGUGAUCUACUUGAUCUGCUGUAUGUGAUCAAGAUAUGAGUGUGGUAUUUCAAAUUAUGCAAAGAUAUUGGACAAUGUGGACAUGUGUCUGGCAUUACAGAAGCAUGUCUUUCUGUCUGAACGUGUAAUACAGGUGUACUAUAUAAAGAGUGAUAUUUUAAUCUAGUAUAUAUUUAUAAUUUCUCAUUAGCAUGAAUUCUUUCAAACAUUAAAUACUUGUGUGCAAUA